CAUAUGGCAUUCCACGUAUUCUCUGACGUACACGUCGCAGCUGUGAUGGCUGCAGUCGAGGUGGCAGUUGUCGACGUGCAACCAAACCAAAAUAAAGUUCUCUUUUAGAGGGGACAUCGCAAAGCCGCAGGACCUUACAAUUCACUUAUGUCUAAUCGAGCUUAUUCGAACGUUAUCGCUGUAUGGGUAUACUUUGAAUUUGGCAACGAAUCAGCUACGGAAACGUUACAGUAGGAACCUUCACGGAGCAAAACACGUAGCUAGCGGUUGCUAGCAAGCUAAGUUAACACCGGCGCCCUUAAUGAUAUCUCAAAGUGGAGGCUAGCCCAAAAACAUCUGCCCUGGUGCUGAUCUGGAGCUAAAUUGUCAGCGUCCCAUGAGACAUAUACAGAUGAAAAUAGGCCGUUUCUUCUUUGCCGGGGAAGCCAAAAGACUAAAGACGGGACCACCGUUAACUUAGCUUAAAGUAGCAAUCAAAAUUAGCUAUCACUAGUUAGCAAACCUGCCUGGACUGUCACUGUUUUGACUGAGCGACCAUGUCUUCCUGGCUUGGUGGAUUGGGCUCGGGGCUUGGCCAGUCACUCGGCCAGGUUGGAGGAAGCCUAUCGUCGUUUACAGGACAAAUCUCAAAUUUCACCAAAGACAUACUUCUGGAGGGGGCGGAGGAGGUUGGAGAUGCUGCCACAGAGUUGCAGGUGUCCAAAUCUAGACUGGAGGACCUUGAAGCUACCUCUGCUUCACAGAAAUCUGAGUAUGACCGUCUUCGAAAGAUCCAUGCAGAACUGGAGGAAAGGUUUGAAGCGUCUGAGCUGCAGAAUAAACAGCUGUCUACAGAAUACAGGACCAUCCUGCAACAGAAAGAGGUGGAAAUCAGCCACUUCAAGGCUCGGCAGAGUGCCCUGCAGGAGGAGAUGCAGAAGCUGGAGCGCUCAGCCCAUCAUGCGGUCGCCUCCUCCCUCUCCUCAGAGCCUGCCCUGCUUCCUGUGACAACCUCGGCCACCGGCACCACCACUUCCUCCGCCUUCAUGCGCCACUCCACCGGUGCCCACCACGGCUUCCAUGGUGACGAGAUGGACUUCAGCGACGUGCUGUGGUCCCAGCAGGAGAUCAACCGCCUGUCCAACGAGGUGCAGCGGCUGGAGGCAGAGGCGUCCCACUGGAGACGUUCGGCUCAGGCCUCCAAAACAUCAGGAGGAGAAAGUGAUGACCAGGGCGAAAUGCUGAAACUGCAGAGGAUUAUCAAGGAGCUGAGGGAGUCUAUGGGCCAUGAGGUAGACCAGCACCAGCAUGAACUGACGGCACUGCAGGACGUCCAGCGGCAGAAGAUGGCCGAGGUCACGCGCAGACACCGCCAGGAGCUGGCCGAAUAUGAGGAGCGCAUCGAGGAGCUGGAGGAACAGCUACAGAAUGACAGCAACCUCAGCCCAGCAUCCCUGAAUCCUCCAGGGCACGAGCAUCAGGACAAGAAGCUACUCGAGCUGACGGCCAGCCUGGAGGAGGCCGCCGGUCAGCGUGCCUCUCUAGAGCAGGAGAGGGAGGAGGCGAGGGCAGAGAACGCUGAGCUGAUGCACAACUAUAGCCGCUUGCAGAGCUCGGUGUCCGAGCUGCAGGCACGCGUGCAAGAGCAGGAGGGCAAGGCCAUGCUCAAGGCCCAGCAGGAUGCAGAGAUCCAGGCACUAAAGAAGGCACUCGAUGGGGCAGAGAAAGAGAUAACCACGUUAAAAGAUCUUAUUGAGAGUGAGCCUAAGACUGAGGUUGAACAUGCAGACAUCUUGGAGCUCAACACAAUAAUUGGAACCCUGAAAACUGAGAAGGAUGAACUGGAAAAAGAAAUGCAUGCCUUAGCAGCAAGACUGCAGACUGCAGAGGAGAGGGUAGCAGAGGCUGCGGUGGGAGAGUCUGGGGGUGUGGAGCAGGGGGAGGUGGCAGAGCUGAAGGCCCAGCUUGAGAAGAAGAAGCAGGCUUUGACUCAAGCCCAACUGGAUCAGGACACACUAACUGCAGAGCUGGAGGAACUGGAUAGGCAGAACCAGGAGGCCACACAGCAUUUGAUUGCCCUGAAGGAUCAGCUCUCCUGCCAGAGAACUGAAGCCGAUGAUGAAAUGAUCCAUCUGCAGUCAGACCUCAGUGCAGCUCAGGACCAGAAGGGGGCGCUGCAGCAACAACUUGAGGCCAUGAAGGAGAAACUCAGCCAAAGUGCCUUUACCUUGAAUGAUUUACACAUGGGCAGGCAACAGCUGGAGGCCACAGUAAAGGAGUUGAGAGACAAACUGAGCAAGUCACAUGAGCAGGCCAAAGAGAUUCGACAUGAGGCCUCCGAGCUGAAAGCAACAUUGAAGGAACGAGAGAGUGAGCUGGAAAUGGUCCAGCACAAGCUGGGCGAAGCUGGGGAGAGACAGGGUGAAUCCGAGGGACAUAGAAAAGAGCUGGACGACAAGGAGAGGGAGCUGGAUGAGGUCAGGACGGAGCUGGCAGAGAUGAGAAACUCCCACGAGAAGGUGAAAUCCGAGGACUAUGAGAUGAAAAUGGAGAACCGCCGGCUGAAGGAAGAGGGCGCACAGGCGCUGGCUAAGGUGGAGGAGCUCAGUAGGCAGGUGCAGGAUGGCCAGGCAGGCCUUAGCAGGACAGUGCUGGAGAAGGACACCCGCAUCGAGGCUCAUAAACUGGAGAAAAGCCAGCUGGAAGGCGAGCUGACCCAAGCUGAGAAGCGCCUCUCUGACCAGACCAAACAAUACCAGCAGACCAUCGAGGAACUGAGUCGAGCCCGGUCCAUGGAUGCCACUGCCCUGCAGACUGAGCAUGAGCGGGCAGUCAAACUCAACCAGGAGAAGGACCUGGAAAUUGGCCAGCUGAGAAGAGAUAUUGAGCAGCUGACAGCUGACCACAAGGACACCGACGAGAUGCUUUCCAUCACGGUGGCAGGGCAGAAGCAGCUUACCGAGCUCCUGCAAGAGAAGGAUGGCUUUGCAGAGUUGCUCAAAGCUAAGGCAGCAGAGACACAGAAGGAGAUGGAAGAGACCAUUGCCAGAGCAAAUCAGGAGACAGAGUCCUUGAAACGUUCGGUGGAGGACAAGGACAAGCAGCAAGGUGUUAUGAAAGAGGAGAACAGCCACCUGAAGGAGGAGAUCGACAGGCUAAAGGACCAACAAAGCCGGCCGCAACCGAUGUCUGAGCCCCGGACAUUAGACAUCAUCACGGAGCUAGAGACAGAGGUUACCCAGUUGAAAGUUGCUCGUGAUCGGCUUGACGAGGAAGCACAGUCCCUGAGGGCUGCAGCGGAGGAGCAGCGUAGCACUCUCCUCCAGGCCCAGCAUGCCUUGCAGGUCCAACAGAGUGAGCUGGAGCAAGCGCGAUCACGGCAUGAACAGAACACCCUCAACUACGAGCGGCUCAUCACAGCCAAGGACGAGGAGAUCGCUCGCCUGCAGGAGGCAGCAGAGAAUCCACUCCAGUCCCCACCAAGCAGGGAUAUCCUGCAGGAGGACGACAAGACCCAGUCACUCAGCAGGGAUAAUGGCAAUGAGAAGCACGACUUCUCGAAGGUGGAGAUCGAUAAACUGGUGAAAGGCAUCAAGGAGAAAGAGAAUGAGAUAAGCCAGCUGAAUGAGAAGAACCUGUCCCUGACCAAACAGCUGGACCAGCUGGUGGUGUCCCGUGAUGAGAUGGGCAAGCUUUCUCAGAUGGUGCGGCAGAAGGAUCUGGAGAUCCAGACCCUCCACGCUCGGGUGUCCAUGAGUGGUGCAGGGGGACACAGCCAGGACGUGCUCUUCCUCCAGCAGCAGCUGCAGGCCUACGCUGUGGAGCGGGAGCAAGUCCUCGCUGUGCUCAAUGAGAAGACACGGGAGAACAGCCAGCUGCGCUCUGACUACCACCAUCUCAUGGAUGUCGUGGCCGGGAAGGAGGCGGCUCUCCUAAAGCUCCAGCAGGAGAACCAGCGGAUCUCCUGCUCCAGCGAUCCCACGGGGAGCCAGGAGAUGUUCCGUGAGACCAUCCAGAACCUGUCCCGCAUCAUCCGUGAGAAGGACAUUGAGACUGAUGCGCUGACACAGAAGUGUCAGACGUUGGUGACCGUCCUCCAGGCGUCGUCGGCCGGGGAUUUGGGCGGUGGCGGGUCAGGCGUGAGCAGUAACCAGUUUGAGGAGCUGCUGCAAGAGCGUGACAUGCUGAAGCAGCAGGUGAAGAAGAUGGAAGAGUGGAAGCAGCAGGUGAUCACCACAGUGAAGAACAUGCAGCACGAGUCGGCACAGCUGCACGAGGAGCUGCUCAAGCUGCAGGGCCAGGUGACGGCCGACAGUGCCUGCAGCUCCAGCCUGUCUGGCGACUAUGCCCGUCUCAUCCAGAGCUACGAGCAGAAGGAGAAAAGGCUAGGCUCUCUUGGCCAGCAACUUGUCCAUGUGCAGCAGAGUAUUAGUCAGCUCAGCAGUACCAAAGAGGUCCUGCUGGGGAAACUCGAUUGUGUAGUACAGAGCCCUGAUACUUUGGUUAUGGCCCCACCUCCGAUGGCUGCCCCUCCAGUUGCAGUGGAGUCCUCCCUCCAGCAGGGAGCAGCAGCUACAAACGAGGGGCUGAGACAGGAACUGGAAUUCUUGCGCCGGCAGCUGGCUGAACGCAAUGUCACUGUCCAGACGUUGCAGGAGAACAACGGACGUCUGUCAGACGCAGCUGCUGCCUCCGAGGGUGAACAGCGGGGAAAGGCAGAGGCGAUGCGGCAGCUCCGUGAGCGGCUAGAGUCGAUUCAGCGCUCUCUUCGGGAGAAGGACCUGCUGAUCCAAUCCAAAGGUGAGCAGCUAAACCAGGCGACCGAAAGCCUGCGGAACCGCGAGAGCGACAACGAGCUGCUGCGGCAGGCCGUCACCAAUCUUAAGGAACGGGCACUGAUCCUGGAACUGGAUGCCCGCAAGCUCCGUGAAGAGAACGAGCAGGUGGUGGCACGCUCUCGCGAGAAGGAGUCUGAGUUCCGGGCGCUCCAGGAGACCAACAUGCAGGUGUCGCUACUGCUGCGCGAGAGGGAGUUCCAGUGGAAUUCUGCCAGCGAGAAGGCCGCUACCAUGGAGAAGAUGCUCAAGGACAGAGAACAGGGCAAGUCGUGUGAACUGAACCAGCUGCUGAACGAAGUGAGGUCCAUGCAGGAAAAGGCCGUGACAUUCCAGCAGGAGAGGGAUCAAGUGAUGCUGGCACUCAAACAGAAGCAAAUGGACACCACAGCUCUCCACAGUGAGACGCAGCACUUGCGGGACAAGGAGCAGCGGCAGCAGCAGGAACUGGGGCGCCUGCGCAACCACCUGCUGGAAAUGGAGGAGUCGCACACGCGGGAGCUGGUGGCCGCCGAGGACCGCGAGGCUGAGCUGAGACGUAGGGUAGCGUUGCUGACAUCAUCCUCCAGUGCAGUGGAAAACGCCAGUCAGCAGGCCAGUCUGCAGGUGGAGUCCCUGCAGGAGCAGCUGAAUGGGGUGAUCAAGCAGAGAGACGAGGCCCUGCUGCAGCUGCGCGCCACCCAGGAGCAGCUCAACCAGUACGCCAUGUCCCUCUCUAACCUGCAGAUGGUGCUAGAGCAGUUCCAGCAAGAGGAGAAGGCCAUGUACUCAUCAGAGCUGGACAAGUACAAGAGGGAGAAGGAUGAGUGGAGGAGAAAAGCAGAAAAGUUUGCAGAUGAAGCUGCAGCCCUGAAGCUGAACCUCGAUGAGGCCACUGCUGCACUGGACUCCGCUUCCAGACUGACUGACCAGUUGGAUCUCAAAGAGGAGCAGAUCGAAGAUCUGCAAAAGCAAGCGAGCGUGAGGCAAGAGAUGCUAGAAGAUUCCCAAAACAAGUUAGUGAACUUGCUCAACAGCACUGAGGGCAGAGUGGACAAGGUACUCAUGAGGAACCUGUUCAUUGGGUACUUCCACACCCCGAGAAACAAGCGCUCAGAGGUGCUGAGGCUCAUGGGUAGUGUCCUUGGAGUGGAACGAGAGGAGGUUGACAGUAUGCUGGAGGAUGAGGGACGGCACGGGGUAACUGGCUGGAUGUCCAAUUGGCUGGGUGGCAGAGCAGUUCAGAGUGUCCCCAACACUCCGCAGAGGCCCAAUCAGGCUCAGAGCUUCAACUCGUCUUUCUCGGAGAUGUUCGUGAAGUUCCUGGAAACAGAGUCCACGCCGUCACUUCCAGCACCUAAGCUGCCUGUCUACGACAUCAAACCCCUAGGUGCGCCUCCUCCGGGCCGGAUGUCCGCCAGUACGCCAGCAGCAGGUGGGGCACUAGGACCCGGCAAGCGAGCUUCAGAGUCCAAUCCCUUCUUGGCUCCUCGCUCAGCUGCAGUGCCCUUGCUCCAUCCUGGAGGUGGCGCUGGAGCAGGCAGUGGGCACUUGCUGAUGAAGCCCAUCUCUGACUCUCUUCCUUCCUUCACGCCCGUCCCCGUCUCUGCCGAAGCCAGUGGGCUCAAAGACCUACUCAAGCAAUGAGUGGUGCCUGACAGUGCCCGUAAACGCACUUUAGCCAAUCACAACCAUCAAGACACUAUGCAGACUGGACAGCAAAGCCAGGACAAUUAGUUAUAGCGCUGCUAUAAUGCUGUAAGGCCCCUCUAAUCUACAGAUGCAAACAUCACAUCCCUCAAAGGUGAUCCUAUUUGGGGUUCUUCCAGACUGUUCUCUUCCCUUUGCUGGGAGGUCACAGUAAGACUUUUUCAGAGAACUGGAUGGUGCCAAACCAGAAGGUAUCUGGUUUGAGACGAUGCUUUGUAGUGUUUAAAACGUCUGGAGAAGUGUGCCUACACUGCACCAUAUAAUCGAGAGGAUUUUUUUUUAUCAUUUAGUUAUUUUAAUCGUGCAAUUUAUCUGGUGUGGGAUCCCCCUGAUGUCGUCUGGCAAAACCACAGAAGGAUUUAAAUGGCUGACUGCUUCUGUUAAAACCAUACAGAUUUUUCCUUCUGUUUUAUUUUCUUCUCUUCUUCUCCAGACAGUCUCCAGAUAUGACAAAGUGUUACAGUAACAACAGCUAUCCACGAGGGCUAAGGUUUUGUGGCUAGGGAUGUUGGGCCUCUGUUUGCAAUGUGAUAUAAAUAUGUUGUUAAACCUGUAAAUGAUGGAUAUUUUUCAUUCUCUGGCACUGUGGAAAGUGCGCAAAUCAUACUUUUUUCAUCAAAUUGAAUGAACCUUUGGGUUUGUGAAAAUUAAAACAUGUACUUUUACAAAGUCUGCUAGCUGCACAAGAAUAAACACAUUUACAGGAUAA